UGCUGAACCUUUCCUAUGGAACGUCAGUGUGGUGGUUUGGUAUCAGGUGAUGACAUCACUCAGAUACGGUACAGUCCUUCCACUCGGCUCAUUUGGAAACACGCAGCUGGAAGAACAAUGUCCAGGUUACAGUUAAUCCUGAGUGUGUGGUGUGUGUUGUGUGUGUGUGUGUGUGUGAGUGUGUGUAAGACGGUGAUGUACGGUCAGGUCCAAUCUCCUCUGUAUCCAAAGCCUUACCCCACUAAUGUCCAUCAGCAGUGGGAUCUGGAAGUUCCACGCGGUUAUCAACUUCAGAUUACCUUUAAUUACCUGGACAUCGAACCGUCAUUAAACUGCUACUACGACUCUCUCACGGUUCUGCACGGUAAGAAGGUUUUGGGAAAGUUCUGUGGCAAGAAUUCCUGGGAUCCCCAUCACCCUGGCAACAAGCCCAUUGUGUCUCCUAGCAACCGUCUUCAGCUGGUGUUUGUGACUGAUGAAUCAAACACAGAGAAAUAUCUCGGGUUCUCUGCCUUUUACCAGGCUGUUGACAUAGAUGAAUGUUCGACUCCUGAUUUAAACGAUUCAGAAUUGCGUUGCUCUCAGAUCUGCCUGAACACUCUGGGCUCAUACCUGUGCACCUGUUCCCAUGGUUACCAGCUGCAGGCAGAUCAGCAUACCUGUGUGUUGGACUGCAGUGGAGGUGUUUUCACAGAACCUGAGGGAGUUCUGUCGAGUCCCGGAUUCCCGGACGCUCCGCCUCCCGGAGUGAACUGCUUGUACAAGGUCUCUGUUCAGCCUGGGUUCCACAUAACGCUCAACUUUAGUGAGAACUUCCACAUCGAGCAGAUUGAUGUACAGGGACCAUCCUGCUUGUUCCACUGGCUACAGGUGUCUGUCCCUGGUGAAGCUCCAAAGAAGCUUUGUGGAAAUAAAAGUCCUGGGAUCAUACACACCGGCUCACACACUGUAGAUCUGGAAUUUCACACUGAUGGACAUGGACAGAGCGGAGGAUUCAGCCUGCGCUACACAACCCAGAGAGUGGAGUGUAAAAUUGAAGGAGGAAUCAGAAACGGUCGAAUCACUCCCAAUUUCCCGAAAUAUUCCUACAGAGAUUACAUUCAAGUCCGCUGCGACACCGGAUACAAACUCAUGAUGGGAGAAAAGGAAAUUCAGAGUUACAAAUCGAUGUGUCAGGAGAACGGGGCGUGGCAUUUACCUUUACCUGAGUGCAGGAUUAUCGAUUGUGGAGAACCGGAGGCGUUACUGAACGGUGAAUUUAAGUUUUUGUCAGGUUCUAAGAACGAGUACAGGUCUGUCGUGCAGUAUCACUGCAACGAACCCUUCUAUUCUUUCACCAAAACUAAGCAAGUAAAUCUCACCUGUGAUGCUGAUCGCACAUGGAAAGGAGAAGAAAAUGAGAUACCAUAUUGUUUCCCAGUGUGUGGGCGUCCUGUUGUAGAUAUCGCUGGUCUUGGUCGGGUUUUAGGAGGAACUCAGGCGAAAGACAACUCCUUUCCCUGGCAGGUGUUUCUUCAAGCUGGAGGAAGAGGAGGAGCGAUUGUGAUCGGAGAGAAAUGGCUCCUCACUGCCGCUCACAAUCUGGACAAAAUCAAGCAGUCUCAACAGGAAGUGAAGGCGUACGUUGGAAGCAACAAAGUGAGCGAGUAUUUCGAAGUCCACAGAAACACUGACCCUGUGAUAUUUCACUCACUUCCUAUCGAAUCGUUACACAUCCACCCGGGAUAUAAAAGCCCAGAUUAUAAUAAUGAUAUCGCAUUGAUUAAGCUGGCAUCAUCCAUCACCUUUAAAGCGAGUGUAAUGCCGGUGUGUCUUCCUGAUCAGGACUCUCAGCUUGAGAGUUUUGGGUGGGUUUCUGGAUUUGGAGUGACGGAGACCUACAACACCGCUAAUCACCUCCGUUACAUCCGUCUUCCCAUCGUGGAUCAACAAGUGUGUCACUCCUCCAUUGAGAAGAUGAGAGAGACGGUCCGUGAUCUGAGCACUCUGACGGAGAACAUGUUCUGUGCUGGACUUCCUGAAGGAGGGAAGGACACGUGUCAAGGAGACAGCGGCUCUGGUUUUGUCAUGAAGAACAAUGACACGUUUUACGCAGCGGGGAUCGUUAGCUGGGGAGUCGACUGUGGAAAACCAGGAAGAUACGGCGUAUACACUCGCAUAGCUCGAUAUGUAGACUGGAUCCAGAAAACCAUGAAGGAGAACAUGCAAUGAGAAUGACAUGAGCCUCUCAUGUGACUGGUUUAAAUGGUUUGAUUUAAAAUAUCUAUGGUUGUUCUGCUUUCACUUCAUGGAAAAAUAAAGAUAAAUCUUUUACCAUCA